CGCUUAGGUACCUACCUGGCAGCCUGGGUAGACAGUCCCGCCUAUUUUUAUUUUUUUUUUCUUUACUCUAAUCCAAAAUUUACAUCAACAUUCUUUUCUUGCGACACCAAACAUCCCCGCGCGCAUUCACAUAUGUGAUAGUAGCCAACAAUCUGUAGUGCUGCGAUAUAGGGCAUAAUACCAAGCCGGCCUGGCUAUUAAUUCCGGACUACGAACAUUAGCUCUCCUUGGAAGUUCGCAAAAUUAAUACACAAUGGCGACGCCAACACCCCCGAAAAGCAUGUCGUCAAGGCUACUGACUAUGAAAUUCAUGCAAAGAGCAGCUGUCACACCUUCAUCAUCUCCCACCACGCCGAAUUCAGACGAACAACCUUCGAAACGACGAAAAGUGUCCAGAGUCCUCAAACAUGAUGGUCGAGACCUCAUUGCGCAAAUAGAUCAGACUGCGGUACGAGCGGCUAUUGCUGAAGAGGAAAGGAAACGUCAAGAGGCAUUGAUACAACAUGCCUCUGAACUGGGAGAUGCGCGCUGGGUACUAGAUAUACCAAACGGGGCUACCGGUUCCAGUCGUAAAAUCCAAACACCUCUGAAUGUGGUUCAAGUUGGCUUUGCUCAGAUUGAUUCCCCAGACCCCUCCGAUGCUACAGGUCUUGAUACCGAAUCAACUGACGCCUCGCACCUCAGAACUCCUGUGGUUAGACGAUACAAUAUGGACAAGAAACAGACCCCCAAGGAUAGCGAUUCCGAAAGUGAUGAUUCCAACUCUGACUCUGAUUCUGACACGUCUUCCCAAGAAAAUGGCCCCGGUCGGCAGUCAUUUGAUCAAAAAUCAGGUUCACGAUCGGAUUCAUCUCGGCCAACUGUACAGAAUAAGCGAGGUGCUGAACGAACCAAGGCCAAACAGUUUUCUGAGAAGCGCAGAAAGAAGGAUGUUAACCUGAAUAACAAUAGAACACCAACUGGUGGUCUGUUAUCGAUCUCAGGCGGUGGUACACCCGCUCGGCAACCCAUGAAUUUCACCUGCCAUCGUUGUGGUAAGCCUGGACACAAGAUUGCGGAGUGUAAGAUGACUCCCAAACGUACGACACGUUGAAUGAUAUUGUAAAAUGCACCUGGUUGCAAGUCUCACUCGACAGGAUAGUAUGUUGCUAAAAUAGUUCCUAGAACAUAAUCGCGUUAUAUGACUGAGGCGGGUAAUGACGUCGAAGCACAUGACUGCCAUUCGUCCAUUGCCAUGCGACC